GGUAUGUAGCCCGUGAAUUCACUAUGUAACUAGUCUUGAUACCAAGAAGUUCUUUCAAAAUGUCCUACUUCCGGUCUUACUUAGACUACUCGGUACUUGCCCAUCCCAUUUUGAUUGACGUCUGUUACGCAAGGUAAACAAGAUACCUUCGUGCUUGGCAGACCGACUGAAUCACUAGCAAGGCUAUUCCAUUGUGAUAAACAAAUUUAAAGACUGUCUCAGUUGUUGCUAACUGAUCAAGUAAAUGCGUUUCUGUAAGACGCUAAACUUUUGCGAAGUCAAGGUCGUGACGGCAGAACCAAAGUCACCAAAGUUCUGGAGUUUUCGAUUACAUUGAAAUGUAAAUUAAACUUCAAGAUUGAGUCGUGUAGAUUUAAACCUCAACAUUUUGAGCCAAAUGUGAAAAUAACACAAACUUAUUACUGAUGCUAUGGCUUUAAGUGAGCCACAAGUAAAUGAGAUAAGUGAAGAACAAGAAGCAAAUGAGCUAUUUCAUACUUUUAUGGAUAUAACAAAAGACGCUGCUAUCAUGGACCACAAGCAAAAUAAUACUACUGAAAUAGAGAAAGACAAAGAGCAAAUUAAUGUUGAUAAUACAGUGGAAAAAGAAGCAACAAUAAAAGAAAAUGAGGAAAAAACAGUUGAACUGAAAAAUGAGGAAAAAACAGUUGAACUGAAAAAUGAGAAUGAAGAGAGUUUACCUGAGGAAGGUAAAAGAAACCCUAGCAAGAGCUUAUCAGAAGCUGUAGAUGAACUAUCUGAUCUUGAAAAGCAGCUAAGUUUAAUGAUUUCUGAGGGUCCAAAACACAGCAUUCAACAAGAUAACGCUUCAAGUACUUCUGAUGUCGUAGAGAGUGGUGAUGAUACUUUUAUAGACGCUAAGGAAGAAGGGAUGACUAUCUCCGUGAAUGAAGAGAAAGACCACGAUGCUAAGGAAAGUGUACCAAAGCUAACUGAAAACACGGAUAAAGAAACUGUAUGGGCAGAUGAAGACACUGAAAGAAACGUAAAUACAGAGGUUACAACCGAAUGCAAGGGAGACGACGAGAAGGAAACGAGUGGAGAAAAGAAUAAUACAAAUAGUGUUGAUGAAGCUAAAGAUAUUGAAGCAGAGAGAAGUACAGAGGUAACGACAAAGUACAGUGAAGAUGAUGUUAGGGAUACUGGUAGUGAAAGUGUCCAGGAAGAUGAUCCUUCAAAACCAAGUGCUGAUGGAAUUGCAGAAAGCAGUCAGAAUGCAAACGUCGAAGAGAAGAAGGAUGACAGUCUUGAAACCAGCAAUCUAGUUAAUGAGGACACAUCUGUAAAUGGUGGGUCUUCUCAGAAGUGCAGUGAGCUAGAGGUUUUUGACCAGACAAUUAUCAAUGAAGAAAAACCCGAUCCUAAGGUAGGGGAGGGUGUCACUCAAGACGAGGGUGUAAACGGAAAACCUGAGGAUGCCAAGGAAGAGGGAAGCAAAGAAAGAUCUCCCGAGGUGCAUGAUGACGAUGUUGAUAGGAAAGCAGCAGAAAUAGAAAUACUUAUGACAGACGAGAGUGGAAUUUCCGAACGUAAAAGUCUUGAUUCUCUAGAUAGUUUAGAUGAUGAUAACCACCAUGGUCGACCGGAUUCACCAGCACUGUCUGAUGAAGGAAUAGAUACAGAUUCCAAGUCAGACAUCGGUGAAGAUGAUACUUUUGAUACAUCCUCCGGUGACUUUUCCAUGAAGAGUAAAUCCAGUUUACUAGACGUUGAUAGAAACCGCACUGGAUCAGACUCGUCGACGAUAUCUGAGCAGGAGUUUAAGAAGGACCUAUCAGAUAAUACAGACGGCGUCAUCGGAGAAACUUCAGGUAAAGAGGGCUCUCUCAAUAUGCCAUAUUCUAAUCCCAGUCGCCCCCAUAAUGGUUGUGCAAGAGAAGAGUCACAUUUUCUCGUUUGUUGCAGGUUUGUGCUCAAGGGAGAUAAUUGCUUGUACUAUUACAAGCAUUCUAAAGACAAAGUGCCUUGUGGAGUUAUAGUCCUUUGUAACUAUUCCAUCACCAAGGCACCCGAGGACAGCAGAAAAUACUGCUUUAAGUUGGAUAAAGGAGGUGCAAGAAGCUACCACCUUAGCGCCAGCAAUGAAGAUGAAAUGAGAGAAUGGAUGGUGGGACUUAUGACUGCAGCAAAUAAAGUCGCGCCUGAUGGGUCAAGUUUCCAAAUCUCAGAGGGUAACGUCCACAACGUCAGUAUCCCAGCUCUAUCCAUCAAAGACCCCGAGUGCCACGGCUACUUGUCAAAAAAGGGUCACCACAUCAAGAACUGGAAGCGCCGUUACUGUGUCCUGAAGAACGGCUACCUGUAUUACUACUCUGAUAUGUCAAAUACCACUGCCUUGGGGGUUGCGAAGUUACUUGGUUACACAAUCGAGAUGGGAGAUAAACGUGGCAAACACUAUUGUUUUUAUGGCAGUCCUCCUAAUGACUCGCUAAGGACGUACCACUUUUCUGCAGAAACGGAAAAUGACCGAGAUAGAUGGAUGACACGGAUGGCAGAAUCAAUACACAAAGGAAAUCACAUAACAUCCGAGUAGCUAGUUUGCAUUCACCCUUACUUCUUAAAGCCAAGCAUCAUGGUAUUCAAAUCAAUAACAUGUUAGUUGUCUUUCUAUGAAAGAACCGAAGCAGAAUUCAGCUAAGUACUGAGACUUUUGCUAUAAUUACCAACCACCACAUUAGCAAUCAGAAGCUUUUCAUGACCAGCUAAUAUAUAAUUCAGUUAGUUACAAAUCAGGGUUUAACCAGGAGAUUAUAAAAUUCCAGCCUAAUUUAGCCAAAAGGUACUGACACACAGUGCAACAUUGCACGCAACAUUGCAAGCAACAAAUUUGAAUCGGGGUGACACAAGUUGCAACAAAAUCACGCAACAUCGCUUGUGUCAGGCUGCUAUGUUAAGAUAUUUGGUAAGCGGUUAUAAA